AUGGCGUACAGCACACGAGACGAGACUGAUGUUGAGAUGGUCGCCCAUGGAGCGUAUACUCAGAAACCUAUCGACGUGCACACCGAGACGAUUGAAGCCGUUGAAACGACUGUCGGCGGCAAAGACAAGGCUGCCCAGCUGUUGAAAGCCGCCGGCCACUCUGUCGUCGUCACGCCUGAAGAGAAUAAGAGGAUUUUGAGAACGAUUGAUUGGCAUAUCCUGCCCAUCAUUCUGGUUAUUUAUUGUCUUCAAUCGCUCGACAAGACGGCGCUGUCGUAUGCUUCCGUCUUUGGCAUCAUCGAAGAUUUGCAUCUCAAGGGACAAGAAUACAGCUGGUCGGGAGCGAUUGUGUACGUUGCCCAGCUGGUUUGGCAGCCGGUCAUUGCAUACUUCCUGGUCAAGCUGCCGCUCGGCAAAUUCUGUGCUGUGAUGGUAUUCUGUUGGGGAGCGACACUAUGCGGCAUGACCGCCGCAAAGGACUUCGGAGGCUUGAUGGCGGCCAGGUUCAUUCUUGGCUCAUUCGAAGCCUCCGUGGCUCCCACCUUCAUCGCACUCGUGCAAAUGUGGUAUCGACGUUCCGAGCAGACGAACCGUAACGCAGCUUGGUAUUCCAUGCUGGGGAUAGUCAACAUUUUUGGCAGCUUGUUGAGCUAUGGGCUCGCACAUAUAAACGGUGCUCUGCGUCCAUUCCAGACGAUCUUCCUCUUCUGCGGCUGCCUCACAGUCGCAUUCUCGGUCAUCGUCUUCCUCUUUCUCCCCGACUCACCAAUGCAAGCCCGCUUCCUCAAAGGCGACGACAAGCUCCUGGCCGUCGAAAGAGUCCGUAUGAACCAAAUGGGAAUCUCGUCCGGAGUGUGGCGCUGGGACCACGUCAAGGAGUGCUUCCUCGAUCUCAAGACCUGGAUCUGGUUCGCUCUACUGACGGCUGUCUCGAUUCCAAGCGGAGGCAUCACGACGUUCGGGCCGCUUAUCGUGAAAUCUUUCGGCUUUGAUUCCUUCACAACAAUCCUCUUCAACAUGCCGUUCGGUGCGGUGCAGCUCGUUGCGACGCUGGGAGGUGCCUGGGCUGCCACCCAUUACAAGAUGAAGUCGCCGUUCCUGGCUGCGUUGUGCAUCCCUCCAAUUAUUGGCAUAUCCCUACUCCUGAAGAUCGAGCACACACCCAAGAACAAGGGCGUUUUGCUCUUCGCUUACUACAUCACCUCCGUAUAUCCUGCCAUCAGCCCCAUGAUCUACUCAUGGUCGGGACAAAAUACAGCAGGCGAUACAAAGCGUAAAGUCACUACGGGUGUGCUCUUCAUCGGUGCAUCUGCCGGGAACAUCAUCGGACCAAACCUGUACACCACAACACAAGCGCCCAGAUACACCAGCGGCCUCAUCAGCAACCUGAUCCUCUUCAUCCUGAUCAUCAUCCUCGUGGCCAUAGGAGCAGCCUGGAUCCGCUUCUUGAACGCUCGUCACGCCGCAGCAAGAGAGCGUGUAGGAAAGUCGGCCAAAGUGGUAGACUUGUCCAUGGAGAGCAAGUCGACUCUGCAGAAGCACGACGAAGCCGUCAAUGACACCCAGGGCACUGGUAUUGGCGACAAGGCAUUUGAUGACGUGACCGACCUUAAGAAUGAGGACUUCAUUUAUGUGUAUUAG